GACUAUGACGUUGAGAAAGAGGAGGUUAUAAAGUAACCGUACUUUUCUUUUUGUCAGUUUAGUUCCGUGUAACAUGGCGAAACAUUCGCCUCGUGCUGUUGACAAGAUUUUAUCUAUAAUAUUUUUAUUCGCAAUAGUUAAUCCUACUCGAACUUCACCACUAGAAGAUUCCUACGAUCCAGAAUUUACCUCUAUUACUGCACGACCUCCAGUUGAAUAUGAGGACUACAAAAAAAUUAUAUUUCAAGUGCGCGGAAGAAAUAUCUACCAUGGCAUUCAAAUCAAAGCAACGAAAAAUAUUUCUGAAAGAAAUACUAAAUGUGAGGACUUGAAAGUUCCGUAUAAUAUUAGUGAAAUACAAUCUCUUGAAUUUCAAUCGGCACAGUAUGAGUUGACAGUGCCAAAAAAUGUGCAGGGUAAUAUUUAUCUCUGCUUACCCCGAAAAGUUAGAGAAAAUAGUGGACUACCUCCGCUGUAUAAUAGCCAGUUUUAUCAAUGGUACCAUCAGGGACCUAAUAUUAGUGUAGAUGUAUCUUCUGAUAACACAGAUUUGAAGUUAUCCCUUCAAAGAAGGGCAUUAAGUAACAACAAUAACACCCUUCGUGUACUGGGUCUGCGUUUAGAACACGCUUAUAAAGAACCAGAAUUUGAGGAGGGUGGCAUACCCUCAUUAUUAUCAAAUCAUGACCACGUUUUCCGUAUAUUCGGUGUUGGUUUUACAGAAUCAACUCUUAUAACUUUCACAGCUAAUAAGGAAGAUUGUUAUAUACCUGUUGGUGGAAAUGUAUUUCAGAUUCAAAAUGGAACAUUUUCCCCAGACAGCUUUCAAAUUAUUGUAAAUCUUCCUCCUUCCAUAGGCGACGAACCCUAUUAUAUUUGUGCCAAAGAUGGUGCUACAGAUCUAGACACAGUGUUCAAACAUCAAGGAACGGAAAGUUGGAAACAAAUUAUAAUUCACGAUAAGAGAAUACCACUUUGGGCUACGUUGAUUCUUAUUUUCAUAUGUCUGUGCUUUUCUGCCUGUUUCUCUGGAUUGAAUUUGGGAUUGAUGUCUUUGGAUAUUACUGAUCUAAAAAUAUUAGUUAACACCGGUACACCAGAAGAAAGGAAAUAUGCGAAAGCAAUUCAGCCAGUAAGGAAUCACGGAAAUUAUCUGUUGUGUUCCAUUUUAUUGGGUAACGUUGCUGUCAAUUCAGUAUUUACCGUACUUUUGGAUGAUUUGACUUCCGGUUUGGUGGCUGUUAUUUUUUCGACUUUAUUAAUCGUGCUCGUCGGCGAAAUUACCCCUCAGGCAAUAUGUGCGCGUCACGCUUUGGAAAUUGGAGCCAAAACAAUUAUUUUGACGAAAGCCUUGAUGUUACUCACUUUCCCCUUAUCUUAUCCAGUAGCCAAAUUUUUGGAUUGUCUUUUGGGUGCCGAAAUCGGUAACGUGUACACCAGGGAGAGACUGAAGAAAUUGGUAACGGAAACAGCCGGUGAAAAUGACUUGGACAAAGACGAAGUAAACAUCAUUAGCGGAGCUCUGGAAUUACGUAAGAAAACGGUCAGUGAGGUUAUGACAAAAAUAGAAGAUGUUUUUAUGCUCGAUUACGAAGCUAUAUUGGACUUUGAAACAGUUUCCGAAAUAAUGAAAAGUGGAUUUUCGCGUAUACCCGUUUAUGAAGGGUCGCGUCAAAAUAUCGUUACGAUGCUGUACAUUAAAGAUUUGGCGUUUGUCGAUCCCGAUGAUAACACCCCUUUGAAAACAUUGUGCCAAUUCUAUCAGAACCCUUGCAAUUUUGUUUUCGAAGAUGUUACCUUGGAUGUUAUAUUCAAAAUUUUCAAAGAAGGUAACAAAGGUCACAUGGCAUUUGUACAUAGAGUGAACAAUGAAGGAGAAGGUGAUCCCUUCUAUGAAACUAUUGGUUUAAUAACUUUGGAAGAUGUAAUCGAAGAAUUGAUCCAGGCGGAAAUUAUGGAUGAGACUGAUGUGUUUACCGACAAUCGUUCAAAGAGAAAAAGAAAUGCGGAAAGAAGACAAGACUUCACUGUAUUCGCUGAAAAACGUGGCGAACUUAACAAAAUAAGAAUCAGUCCUCAAUUGACUCUCGCUGCUUUCCAGUAUCUGAGCACAAGUGUUGAAUCCUUCCACCCUAAUGUUAUAUCCGAGACAAUAUUACGCCGUUUAUUGAAACAAGAUAUUGCCGUACAUAUAAAGAAGAAUAAAGAAUGGCGUACGGAUCCGGCAAAUGUAAUAUACAACCAAGGUAAAUCGGUUGACUUCUUUGUGUUAAUUCUUGAAGGUCGUGUAGAGGUAACUGUUGGCAAAGAAAACCUUAUAUUCGAAGGAGGACCAUUCACAUAUUUCGGAACUCAAGCCUUGGUUCAAACCGUUGGAAUUGAAUCACCUUCAGUCACAACAUCAGCAAUGGGUAGCUUGGAAUCAUUAAACAUCGAUUCAUUAUUGCGUCACACUUUCGUUCCCGAUUAUACAGUUCGUGCUAGCACCGAGGUGCUUUAUUUGAAGAUAAAGAGAAGCCUUUAUCUGGCGGCAAAGAGAGCUACUUUGAUGGAACGAUCCAAAAAAGACGAUACUGGCGUGGACCAACAUUUCGAUGAAGAAGUUGAUAAGCUUAUGCAUUCAUUGGCUGAUGACGACAUAAUAAGCGCAGGUAGUCAAACACCAAAACGGAAAUCUUUGAGAAAAUCUCAAGAAUUAAAACCGGACAGUUUAUCGAGUCAGACCAGCCCAAAGACACCAUCACAUUUCAGCAGUAAUAGUCCUCCGCACCGUAUUGGUUCCCGUGACGUAAACGGUUCCGUUAAAGCAAGUCCUGUAGACGAUAUUCAAAUAGUGGGGGCUAAGGAUGAAGAAAACACCAUGCUUUUGCCGAAAAAUUCAUAACGAAUUUUCAAGGUCCUAUUUAUUUAGGGCCCACUUUUAAAACGCUACUUAAAUGAUUGUAUUCUAUUUAAUUAAGUUCAAUGUUAAUGGAGAAAUAUUAUUUAUGGUUAUUCUCUAUUGGCAUUUAUCUUUUAUCUUAAAUUGAAGAACUGACACUGGAUAUAUCUUAUUUGGAAAAGUUUUUAUUUAUUUUAUUUGAUCAUUACAAAUUCUACAAAAAAACUUUAUUUUAUUAUAAGAGUACCUACACUGUAAAAACUAAGCUGCAAAUUUUCUUAUUCUUCAUCUAUUGCUAUGACUGAACUUCUGGCAUUUAAUUUACCGACUUUUUCAUUUUUCUUUUUACAACCAGUUUUUUUUUGUUUUUAGUUUUUCACUAUUCCUUGUGUUUCUAUUGAAAACACUGUUACUAUACAGCAAUACUCAAAAUUAUACUCUCUGGUCCUUCAACAUCAUCAAAAAUUUUAACUAGCUAUUUUAGCUACUACUUUUUUUGAUACCAUAUUUUUAGGCCAAAUUUUAUUCUUUAUAUUAUUUUAUCAUAGAAAUAACAACUUUUUGAAAUAGAUGUAUCUACUGGCAACUUAUUUAGUGGUACUUACUGUUUUUUAAAUUUCCUUUAACCAAUAUUUAGCUGUCUUGAUUUAUAACGGUAAGUUCAGAAAAUUAAAUUUAAUCAUAACAUUAUACAGAUAUAAAAACAAAUUAAUUAACACAUACAAGUUAAUUUGUUAAUUCAUGCAACUGCAUUGCUUUGGUGACUUUGCAUACCCUCUGUUAAUUCUCUUAGUAACGUUUUCGUUGUUGUUGAUUUCUAAUUAUGGGCUUUGAUGUUUUUUAACAACUAACGGUGAAUUAAGAGAAAUGGACGUAAUGGGUACAAGAAGUACAGGAACUUUCAACAGUUUUUUUAUUCCGUGUCUCUGAUCUCUAUUUUUGCAUAUGCUGAUCCUUCGUAUUUUGUCUUAUGUUCUGAGUUUCUUGUUUUCUAUUGUUAGUUAAUUUAACACAAUUUUUUUGUUUAAUAAGUUUUCGUUAGGGCAGUGUAUCUAACACUAAAUUUACUUAAUUUGAUUUUUUCUGAACUUAUUGUUUAAGGAACUAAUAUUACUAAAAAAAUUGUUCGUUGUAUAAAAGUUUUAAGAAUUUCAAUAUGUACUUAAACCCCAUAAGCGUAAGUUUGAUUUGAAUUUUAAUAUGUAGAUUAUAUAAAACUAUGUUACACAGAAGAUUUAAAUUAACAAUCAAGACCUGGUAGGUUUCUACUUGGGAAAAAUCAUUUAAACGAGCAAUAAUUUUUACUUAAACGUUUUUUAGUACUUAAAAUCCAAUUAAUAUAACUUGUUGUAGUUGUAAUUCAUGGUGUGGUCUAGAAAAAAUAUAAAGUAUAUUUAAAAGAUAUACAGUAUAUUUUUUUAAUCGAAGUUUGCUAUCUAUGACAAAAAAUAGCAGUGCCGUUGUGGGGCUAAAAAACCAUUCUUCACAUGUCUUCAGACACUCGAUUCAAUGUCUUGUACUUAUAAAAUUUAAUAUAUCAUGAACAAAAUUGGAAACUGUAAAAGUAGAAAAAUCAGAAUCGUUGAAAAUAUAUACAACUAAAAUGAAAAUAAUUACACGUUGCAACCAAAACAAUAUAACAGUCACCGAAAAAAAAUCAAGUAUUUCCACGAAUUUUCAAAAUGUGGUUUUAUAUUUGAAAAAUUUUCACUAAUUUGGAUAGUAAUUAACAGUUCCUUAUUUAAUAUAAUUGAACUUAUUCAAAAUUUGAUUUAAAAGUUUAAUUUAAUCAAAAAUAGUAUUUUUUUAGUUUAUUUUCAUUAAAAAUGGUUUUCCUAAGUUAAAUUUUGUCAAAAUUUGUUUUUUGGAUGUAAUUAAGUAAAAAAAAUACUAAGGGUUUAAUUUGACCAAAAAUGGGACUUUCUAAAUUUAUUUUAUUCAAAAAUUUGGUUUCCUGAGUUUGUGUGCUGGCUUUAAUUUGGUCAAAACCAAGAAUAUUUAUGUUUAUUUCGAUCAAAAAUUGGUUUUCCUCAGCUAAAUUUUGGUUUUUCUGGGUAUAAUUUAGCACAAGAUGUACCAUACGUUCAAUUUGAACAAAAAUAGGAUCAUAUAAGUUCAUUUUGAUGAAGAAUCGAUUUUCCUGAGUUCAAGUUUGUAAAAAUUGUUUUUGUUAUCCCGGGCUAAUUUAAUAGAAAAGUGCCAUAAGUUUAAUUUGUUUGAAAAAUGGCUUUUCUACAUUGGAACAUACAUUGAUUGUCUAAACUUAAUUUAGUCAAUUGACACAGAAUACCUCAACAAUUCUGUUUAUAAGCUUUCGGGUGUCUUCCUACAAUAUUAAUUAUAUACAAAAAAUCUUUUCAUCUCUAAAAUAUUUCGGUAAAUUGAAGAUCUAACUUUUCCUACAUUAAUAAUGUCAUCCACAACAAAAAUUUUCAAAAAUUAGUCUAAUCAACGUUUUGAUAUCGUCUGUCGUUUCUUACCAGGGACAAUCUGCUUUAAGAGUUCUGCAGUGCGGGGUGUUUAAUUUUUUUUAACAUUAUUAGAUUGUUAAUUAUUAUAGAACGAAAUUGUAAGUUGAAGCUUUUAAUACAAGAGAAUAUUUAAUUGACACUCUGUACUACUAGUAUAUAUAUUUUAUUGUUAUAUUAUUUUGUAAUUUUAUAGGUGGUAUAUUUGUCCAUACCCUUAUACAUCGAUAUAAUUUUUGGAAAAAAUUUUUUUUUGAUAAAACAUUUUCUGUAGCGUAGUAAGAAUAGUCUGUGAAAUUAUUAAGCAGUGUAGGUAAAUUCAUUGAGGGAACUGUUUUUUAUGAAAUUAUGCAUAAAUAACAGUUUGAUUAUUUUUUUAUAUUCCACAUUUUAUUGUAAUGUUAUCAAAUAACAGUUUUUUUUCACUGUAUAUAAUUGGCGAAGUACAAUUAUGAAUAUUUUACUUUAUUCAAACAUAUAAAAAUGAUAUUUUUAUAAGGUAUGUCUUUUCAAAUUCUUUGUUGAUGAUUCUAUAAUUUUCGUGUUACUAAAUGAUGGAUUUCUAGGUCCUUUGUUAUUUUUAUCGUCAAUUUUUGAAUGCAAAGAAAUCAGUAAUGGAUGGUGCUUUUAAUUUCCUGUUGAAAUAUAUGUAGAUGCAAUUUAAAUAAACAUUAUUGAAAUUUAUAUUU